AUUCCAGCUGCGGGAGGUGGAACCCGGGGUGGGAAGCCGGUGUUGCGGCCAUGACAGUACUGGCCCGUGGUUCCUCGCUCCUCCGUGGUCUCCUGGGCCGAGGGCCGGCGCUGGGCGGGAGCGCUGCACCCGCCGUGGUGUCCCCGGGAACGGCCGGGCGCGCGUCCGCUGGCUUUCGGAGCAGCGGCGUGAGAUAUGAAGCUGUUGUCAUCUCAGGAACUGAAAUGGCCAAGCAAAUCCAGAAAGAAAUACAUCAAGGUGUGGAAUCAUGGAUUGCCCUUGGGCACAGAAGACCUCACCUCAGUAUCAUUUUAGUGGGAGACAACCCAGCAAGCCAUACAUAUGUCAGGAAUAAGAUAAAAGCUGCUUCAGCAGUAGGUAUCUGUAGUGAGCUCAUUCUAAAACCUAAGGAUGUUUCUCAGGAAGAACUUUUGGAUAUAACUGAUCAAUUGAACAUGGACCCAAGAGUCAGUGGUAUAUUAGUUCAGUUACCGCUUCCAGAUCAUGUGGAUGAGCGAACAAUAUGCAAUGGAAUUUCCCCAGAAAAAGAUGUGGAUGGAUUUCAUAUUAUCAAUAUUGGAAGACUGUGCCUUGAUCAGCAUUCUCUCAUACCUGCCACUGCUGGUGCUGUUUGGGAAAUAAUUAAAAGAACAGGAAUUGAAACAUUUGGGAAAAAUGUGGUUGUGGCUGGAAGAUCCAAGAAUGUAGGCAUGCCUAUUGCCAUGCUUUUGCACACUGAUGGAGAGCAUGAACGGCCAGGAGGUGAUGCAACUGUCACCAUAGCUCACAGAUACACUCCCAGAGAACAACUGAAGAUCCACACUCAGCUGGCAGAUAUUAUCAUAGUAGCUGCAGGUAUUCCAAAGCUGAUUACAUCAGAUAUGGUUAAAGAAGGUGCUGCUGUAAUUGAUGUCGGUAUCAACUAUGUCCAUGAUCCGAUAACAGGAAAGACAAAAUUAGUUGGAGAUGUGGACUUUGAAGCUGUUAAGGAGAAAGCUAGUUUUAUCACUCCAGUUCCAGGAGGCGUGGGACCCAUGACAGUGGCGAUGCUUCUGAAGAAUACUCUUCUGGCAGCCAAAAAAAUCAUUCACUAGACGACAAGGGAGAAUCAAGCAACUGAGGAUCAUGCUGUGUAUUUCUUUGACAAAGGGCAAAAACCUUUAUAUUUUACUACAAAGUUAUUUAUUACUACAUUAUAUUUAUUUUUUCAUGGAUGGAAUCAUUGUGGAUCAGAUGAUUCAUGCAACUUUGUGCAUUUCCUGCUGAUUUUGAGUUUUAGGAAAAACCAAAAUAAUUCCAGUGAAAUUUUGGUAAUAAUUGCUUAUUAUUAACAAAGGAUAUUUGUUCAUAAUAAAACAUCAAAGGGUUCAUAAUAAAUAGUUAUAUUUUUGACACAAGUAACUAUUGCACACAGUAUGUUUUCAACAAAUAUUUUGUCAGUCAAAUGGAUACCCACAUGCAAUUUUAUCACAGACAUGCUCAAUUUUUACUAUAUUCUGUGUUUUAUGUCAUAUGCUGUAAAAGAGCUUACUUGAUACAAGAAAGAUGGAAUACUAAAAAUCAAAAUCUUCCCAAAUGCAACCUACAAGGCCAUCCUAUUGAAAAAUUAUGUCCUCUUUAAGAAAAAUAUUUAAGGAAGGCAAAAGAUACAAUGCUACUUGUAAAAGUAAUUUAUAUCACACUGUGAAUAACUACUCGUCAUAAUAAAAUAUACAUUAAGAAUAUGUUAGGUUUAUAUAUCAUUGUUUCUUCCUGUAAAAAGUGUUCAGACCAUACAGUCACUGAAAAAUGAUGGGAAAAUCCAAAAAUAUAGAAAAACCACAAAACUUUGGUUGUAUUUUCCUGCAAAUAUCAGAAAAACAAUAUAUUGUAUGAGUAAAAUGAUCAUUAAAGAAAAGUAACUGGUAUGUCUGUCAACACAUUCAGUAAUCUAAAAGUAAAAAAUAGUAAAUUCAAUGUGCCAAAACAAAACUAUAGGAUGCAAGUAAAAUUUUUAUGCUUUGUACUCACAGUUCUUCUUUCUUCUGUUAUGGCAUUUUGUUCUCAAAAUAGAUGUAAUGUUCCUAACAUAAUUUAUAUUAGGAAAUACAUGUGAAUGUUAGUUAAAGGCUAUUUUGAGGCUAUUGGAACAAUGUAAUUAGUGUUCUGUUUUCAUGCCCAAAUCCCAGUAUGUUUACGUAAAAAUAAUGAUUCUUAUUCAAUGCAUGUUUUUAUCAGUGUAUUCUCUUGAUCAUUUGUGUGAAAAUAGACUUGAUGUUUAUAAUUAAUACCAUUUCAACAAAAUAAUAAAAAGUAAUUUGAAGA